UUAGCAUGUAGAGAUGAUCCAGGACCUUUAGGACCAGAGUAAUCCUAGAAAAAGGGUUCCCAGCUGACUUUUCUGUUUCUUCUCUGACUCUUGGAUUUGUCGAAGAUGUCCGGAGGCUUUCAGGCUUUUCCAGGUCUUCCUGAGGAGGUCCAGCAGCUUUCAGUGACUAAAGAAGAGGAUCCCUCAGAGCAGCAGGAGAGGAGCUGCAGUCUGAACCAGGAGAUCACUGAGCCUCUGCACAUUAAAGAGGAACCAGAGGAAGCGUGGAGCAGUCAGGAGGGAGAGCAGCUUCAAGGAGCAGAGGCUGAUAUCAUCAGGUUCACUUUUUAUCCUGUCCAUGUGAAGAGUGAAGAUGACGACAAUAACCUUCAGUCCUCACAUCUCCAUGAGAGACGAGCUGAACAUAUGGGAAGAGGAGCUGAUGAAGGAGCAGAGGCAGCCAGCAGUUCUGACCCAGAGAGAGAUUUACAAGCGGAGACUGAGGUCUCCAUUGAAGACUCAUCUGACCCUGACACUGACGACAGCGCUGAUUGGACGGAGACAACAGACAACAAGUCAGACUUGAACUCAAUGAAAAAAAUCAAAAACAAGAGGAGAAAGACUGAUAGAAAAAUACAUCGCUGCUCUGAAUGUGGUAAAAGGUUUGAAAACAAAAGUCAUCAUACAAGACAUAUGAGAAUUCACACUGGAGAGAAACCCUUUGGCUGUCCUGAGUGUGGAAGAAGAUUUAACCAAGAUGGUGAUCUUACAAUACAUAUGAGAACUCACACAGGAGAGAAACCGUACAGCUGCUCUGUGUGUAGUAAAAGAUUUAGCCAAAAAGGUUGUCUGAACAGGCACAUGAGAAUUCACACAGGAGAGAAACCCUUCGCCUGCCCUGAGUGCGGUAAAAGAUUUAACAAACUAUGUAAUCUUAAGGUUCAUACAGACAUUCACACAGGAGAGAAACCCUUCAUCUGCUCUGAGUGUGGUAAAUGUUUUAACAAAAGCAGAAAUUUGAGCAGACACAUGUUGGUUCACACUGGACAGAAACUCUUAAGCUGCUCUGAGUGUGGUCAGAGAUUUGGCCUUAAAAAUAAUCUGAUAAGACACAUGGGAAUUCAUUCACGAGAGAAACCCUUCAGCUGCUCUGUGUGUGGUAAAAGAUUUCGCCUUAAAGAACUGCUGGCAAAACACAUGAGAAGGCACACAGAAGAUAAUCUUUUCAGCUGCUUUGAGUGCGGUAAAAGGUUUAACAAAAAAGGUUAUCUGACACGACACAUGAGGAUUCAUACAAGAGAGAAACCCUGUUGUUCUGAAUGUGGCAAAACAUUUAGCAAUCAAAGUAAUGUGAUCAGGCACAUGGCACUUCAUACAAAGAAAGAGGAUUUUCCUGCUGUGUUAAAGAACGAAGCUUUGAACAUUAUUUGAUGCAACACAUGAGAACUUCCACAGAGAGACGCUGGAGGUAUAUUUUCUACAUAUCACCUUGAAUCUCUGUUGUUUUACUAGACGACCUCAAUACCCAUGUGGGCAAUGAUGGAGACACCUGGAGAGGAGUUAUUGAGAGAACCAGCGGAUAGAACUAAACUGGGGUCCAUUUCAUGAAGCAGGUUUUGUGAAAAACGUAAGGCUUUAACCCUGAAUUUAAGGUAAACUCUCUGUUUCAGAGAAGGAGGAAACUCCAACCCAGGAAUAAGGGCUGCUUCAAACCUAUUUCACGCUGGGUCAGUUAGUGUGGUAACUGAAUCUGUAAAGCUAACCUGGUCAGGAGCAAGCUUUCUUCGAUAAACCAGCAGUUUCUCCGUCUCCUCCCUCUCACGAAGCCAGUGUUGUGGUUUCAUUUAUUUCUCUUACUCAGAAUAGAAAUCCAUGUUAUUUAAUAUAAAGACACUAGACAACAUUAAACAUACAUCUUUGAUUAAACAUGACAUGCUUCAGUAAAGGGGCAUCGAUUAAGGGCUGCAUUACUCCAUGUGAGGUUACAUUUACAUCUGUAAAUGUCAGUUUCAUUAGGCUGAAUUAAUGACCUAAACAGGAUAAAGGUGAGAGAGUUAUGUUUGAAACCAACAUUAGGGUGAGAAUAAAACUAGUACUCAAGUCUUGCUAGUAAGAAGAAACUCUAAUUAGCUAAAGGUUAAAGAGUACAUUAUAAUUUGAUUACAUACACAUAGAUAAAAGGUUGGUACCUUUCUGGUAAAGAAAGAAAAAACCCACAUAAAUAUAAAUGCUCUGAAAAACAAACUAAUGAAACUGGCCUGGACUAAAAUGAUGGGCAGCACAUUUGGCUCCAGAAUGCCUUGGUAGUCUUGAGAUUUCCUUGUACCCUGCACCGAUUCAAGACCCCCUGUGCCAGAUGCAGCAAACCAGCCCCAGAACGUAACCGAGCCUCCUCGAUGUUUCACAGAAGCUACAGUUUUCUUUGUGUGCUUCAUUUUUGAGUCUGUGAACGUAGACCUAAUGUGACUGUCCAGAAAGCUCCAGUUUUGUCUCGUCUGUCUAACGGACAAGAAGGUUUGUGGUUGUCAGUAUGCGUUUUGGCUAAUUCCAGUCUGGCUUUUUUAUGAUUUGUUUUCAACAGUGGAGUCUUCCUCGGUUGUCUUCCAUUAAGACCACUUUGGCUCAAACAGCGACAGAUGAUGCAUUCUGACACUGAUGGACCUUGACCUUGGAGUUGACCUCUAAUCUUUGGAAGUUGUUCUGGGCUCUUUGGUUACCAGUCCUAUUAUCUGUCUCUUUGUCUGGGAGGUCGGCUACAGUCCUGUAAACCUUAAACCUCUGGAUAAUCUGGUCAGCUGUAGUCACAGGAACAUGGAGCUGCUAGGAGAUGGUCUUUGUUUCACCUUUAACAUGCUGGUCUAUCAUUGUCUCUGAUCUCCUGGGACAACUGUCUCCUUAGCUUUCUGUGCUCCAUGUUCAGUCUGAUCCUCACCAUAGCCGUGUUUCCAUCAGGAGGUCUGGUUUGGUAUGGUUUGGUACGCUAAACCCCAAAAUAGUUAGCGUUUCCACAGACACCCGUGCUCUCACUUGGGU